CACUGUCAAAUAAACUAAGCUAUUUUAUCAAAGAAAAUAUAACAUUUUAGUAUUAUUUUAUGAAUUUCAAAGUUUGUCAAUGUGAUUUAUUUUAAAAUUAAAACAUGGAUAUCCAACAACUCGACCAUGGAAGUGCUUUUAAAAUGGUGACACCAAAGGCAAAAGAAUAUGAAACAGCGAUAAACCUCACGAUUCCACAACGCAUAACGUCAACGACGUCUCCUAUCUUGACGUCACCGGACCAACCAAGAGCCUCGUUCUCGGUCAACUUUUCACCCGUAUCUUCUCGGUCUGCAUUGUCGCCCGACCCGGAGAAGUCCAUCGGGGAUCUCCGACCAGAAGGCGUCCAGGGGAAUGUGUUUCGACCCUGGGUCUCUGACAUCAAGAGUGAUGAUGAGGAAACAGACAAGGAAUCUACAGAUGAUAAAACACAAAAUGAUGAUGUGAAGUCUCCGAAACCUGCGACGGUGCAGUAUCAAGAUUCAAAGAUGUGUUUGGCAGAACUUUACCGAUAUAACCUACUGCAGGGCCUCUAUCGAAACCAUUACAACAUCGUGGCAAUGGCAAGGUCGGGCCUCUCUGGCGUGUGGACCGACCCGAGAAUGUACCCUUAUUUGUGCGCGAAAGGCCUCACGAACAUAACCAACUUUGGCAUGGGCCUAAAUAUGAACAUGAACGUGGGAUAUGACGGCCACGUCGCGGAGACGCCUUUAUCGCAAGACUAUCAGAACAUGGCCAACUACGAUAAAGGGACGUAUGAAUGUGUCAAAUGUUUAAAGCAGUUUAGCACGCCUCACGGGCUCGAGGUUCACGUGCGGCGGUCUCACAGUGGCAAGCGUCCGUACGCGUGUGAUAUCUGCAGCAAGACGUUUGGCCAUUCUGUCAGCCUCUCUCAGCAUCGGGCCGUGCACACACAGGAGAAAAGCUUCCAGUGUCAACAGUGCGGGAAGUCGUUCAAGCGUUCCUCCACCCUGUCCACACAUCUGCUCAUCCACAGCGACACGCGGCCCUACCCCUGCCCGUACUGUGGCAAGCGUUUCCACCAGAAGUCAGACAUGAAGAAACAUACGUACAUACACACAGGCGAGAAGCCGUACAAGUGUUCUCACUGCGGGAAGGCGUUCAGCCAGUCCUCCAACCUGAUCACCCACUGUCGCAAACACUCGGGCUUCAAACCGUUCACCUGCGCGCAAUGUGGUCGCGCAUUCCAGCGCAAGGUCGACAUGCGCCGCCACGCGGAGACCCAGCACGGCGAGGCGAAAAUAACACCACCCGGGUUCCCGGUUCCCGUGCCAGUGUCACGUGAUUCGGUUAUAUCGGUGUCACGUGAUAGUGUAAUAACAGGAGACUAUGGAAACCGGCGACCUACAGUUCUAGUCUGAAUCAUCAAUGGGUUGACGGACACACGUAUUUAUUAGCUGUGUACAUGUACCAGUGUUUUAGAGGUGGUUAGUGCUGUGUCAGCUCUAGCAAUCGAACAACUUUCUGUCAAUAGUUUGCAUAACUAUACAUUAUUAAAAAGUUGCUGUUUUUAUUUACUUUAUCAAUGUUUUGAUAUAAAUUGUUUGUCAAGUCUUUCUACAAAUCACGAUUUUGCACAUUUCCGUUUCCGAGCUCUUACACACUACAGUUUUAUCAUGGUUUAUGAUGUUAUUAAUAAAUAAAA